AGCAACGCUGUCAAGGGCAGCAGCUUUCGGUCAUUGACCAUGUCUGCAAAUCUGGUUACCACCCAGAAUUUGCUGAGCCUUGCUGGUCUAUGGCUCGCAUACCAACUUCUCAAGGCUCUCUACAAUGUUUCGCCGUUUCAUCCAUUGGCUCAUAUUCCCGGGCCCAGGCUCGCCGCAGCGACAUAUCUUCCCGAAUUUUACUACGACGUGAUCCUUUUUGGUCGAUAUACCCACCAAAUCAAGGACAUGCACCGCAAAUAUGGGCCUAUUGUCCGCAUAAAUCCAAACGAGAUACAUUGUAAUGACUUUAAAUUUUCCGACGACAUUUAUGCUGCGGGCGGCCGGAAGCGGGAUAAGCCACAACAUCAGAUAAACGGCGCAGUUCUUGGAAAAUCUGGCUUUGGCACUCGCGAUCAUGACUUGCAUCGCACUCGGAGGAUACCUCUCGCCAAAUUCUUCUCGCGAGCCAUGAUAACGAAACUGGAGGGCGACAUGCACGGGCUUGUCCAGAAACUAUGCGAUAAGCUGCUUGCCGAGUCCGGCAAAAAGGAGCCGGUCGACAUCACCGUGGCCUAUAGCUGUUUCACCUCGGAUGCCAUCUCUGGCUACUGCUUUGGUGAAAGCUUUGGGUUUUUGGAGCAGGAAGGAUGGUAUCCCAACUUUCGCGAUCCCACGGCCGCUACUUUAAGGGUCGCCUUCUUCCUCCGCUUCUUUCCUUGGGCCGCAUCUCUCUUGGUGAUCGGUCAUUGGUUGAUCAACUUCUUGCCCGCGGACAUAGCUCUUCUCAUUCAAGUUAUGCAGAUCGACAUGCCCAUCCGGGUGAUAAAGACAAAAACCGACCUCGACGCAGGGAUACAAUACAAGCGCCCGACCGUGUUCGGGUCUCUGCUGCAUUCGGAACUGGAGCAGUCUGAAAAGGAGCCGCAACGCUUGGCCGACGAGGCUGGGGCCGUGCUCGGGGCCGGUACCGAAACGGCCAGCUGGGCGCUCGCAGUCAUCACCUUCCAUUUGCUGUCGAAACCUCACCUCAUGGAAAAGCUUCAGAGCGAGCUGCGCCAGGUCGUUGACAGCAACAACCCCAAGACCCUCCCUCCCUGGUCCGUGUUGGAGACCCUGCCGUACAUGAACGCGGUCAUCCAGGAGGGCCUGCGACUUUCGUAUGGCGUGUCUGCGCGGACCGCUCGCGUCGCGACGCAGGAGGACCUGGUCUACCGUGGAACCUUUGACAAGAGCCCGGUCGAGUACGUGAUCCCUCGCGGCUACGCCGUUGGCAUGUCUGCCGUCAUUGCGCAUCACGACGAGAACGUAUACCCCGAGUCGUACGAAUUCGUCCCGGAACGGUGGCUGGAUGGAAAUAGCAAGAAAAGAGAUGCCGAGCGCGCCAGUCUGUCCUUUUCCAAGGGGAGCAGGUCUUGUCCUGGCAAGAGUCUGGCUCUUGCCGAGAUGAACUUGGCAUUGGCGGCACUCGCCAUCCGUGUGUUCCCCCACGCUACUCUGUAUGAGACCACAUAUGAGGAUGUGGCAUAUGAUCAUGAUAUGUUCAUCCCUAGGACCAAGCAGGGGAGCAAGGGUGUGAGGGUCAAGAUCAACUAA